AAACUACCAUUCAAAUAAGUAAAUUCAUUCGAAGUGAAUAGGAAAAAUGGCUACUAGAACCCAAUUUGAGAACUCUAACGACGUUGGUGUCUUUUCCAAGUUGACGAACUCCUACUGUCUCGUUGCUGUUGGUGGAUCAGAGAACUUUUACUCUGCAUUUGAAGCCGAAUUGGGAGACGUUAUCCCAAUUGCUCACACCACCAUUGCUGGUACCCGUAUCGUCGGUAGAAUGACUGCAGGUAACAGAAGAGGGCUGUUGGUUCCAACACAAACCACUGACCAAGAACUCAUGCACUUGAGAAACUCUCUCCCUGAUACUGUCAAGAUUCAAAGAGUUGAGGAGAGACUCUCCGCUUUGGGUAACGUGAUCUGCUGUAACGACUACGUUGCACUCGUCCACCCUGAUAUCGAACGUGAGACUGAAGAGCUCAUUGCAGAUGUCUUGGACGUUGAAGUCUUCAGACAGACCAUUGCGGGCAACGUUCUUGUCGGCUCCUACUGUGCCUUGUCGAACCAAGGUGGUAUUGUCCAUCCACAGACCUCAAUUGCGGAUCAAGAGGAGUUGUCAUCUUUGUUACAGGUUCCAUUGGUUGCAGGUACUGUGAAUCGUGGUUCCUCCGUCGUUGGUGCUGGCUUGGUUGUCAACGACUGGCUCGCUGUUGCAGGCUUGGACACUACAGCUCCAGAGCUGAGUGUCAUUGAAAGUAUCUUUAGAUUGCAAGACGCACAACCAGAAUCGAUUUCAGGUAACUUGCGUGACACUUUGAUUGAAACGUACUCAUGAAUACGUUUCAAACUUUGUUUGUCAUUGUCUGGUUUUCUUUAAUUUGCAUUACGAUAUAUUUGAUGUCGAUUCAUGGGGGUUAUUCUAAUUGUGUAUUUUCUUUGUUCUAAUGGGUUAUGAAAAAAAAAAGAAGUGAUGAUCACUUCUCUUCUUCUUUCUUGGCUUUCUGCUGUGCUUGGUACGUGCAUCCUGAUGCUUGUAUCAAGUCAUGUCUACUGCUAUCUGUACUAUUUUUUUUUGGACUUUUGGAUUUUUUUUUUCUUUUGACGUUUUUUUUUUCUUAAUUUGCAUAAGAGGUGGUGAUGAUCAGUUUCUACAUUGACUAUAAGAUUCACGAACUGUUAUAUAUA